UUUUGUAGAUGUAGUUGGAUUAUCAGUAGUUUUCUGUUGUUUACAAUCUGAUUUAGAACUUUUCACGAAUCUAGAUCAGUUAAUUGAUUAACAUGUGUGAUUUUGGGUGUUCAUGAAAAACCCUAUAAGAAAGACUAUGCCUGGGUAUAUGUAUUCAAUUCAAGUUCAGUAGUUUUCUUCGUUAGAGGAAUAUGGCCUAGGUUGCUAUUCCUAUUUCCAUCUUUGUUACUUCUGUGUCUCAUCUAUAUGUUUGACGAAACGACUACUAAAUAUUCUAUUAGAAAUGAGGAUUUGACAGAAAGGAAUUAAACUCAGGGGCGAGAACUAAAUUCCAUCUAUUGCUUUUUCAUUAAAAGUUGUCUGAAAAGAUAUUACUAGGAACGGACUUAAUUGGUUAUGUUGUUGGAUAGUAAGAUCCGAAUAUAACGACAGUAACUCAGAGUAGAUUGGACUUUGGAAUUCUGAUACUGAAAUCUUAUCGAUACUUCUAUCAAUUUCUCAUAAUUGAAAAAGGCUAUGCAUCUUGCAUGGAGGUAUGCUUCAUUAGUGACUGAUGGGUUUGAUUCAUUCUGCAGGUAAGAAAUGGAAGCGUGCCCAACUACAAAAGAUAACAGACAAAGUUUUUGAUCGUUUUAGAGAUGAGUCUGGAAAGGUCGAAUUGACAUUUGAAGAACUAUAUAUUGCAGUCUUACUUAUCUACAAUGAUCUUAACAAGCAUUUGCCUGGACCCCAUUUCGAUCCCCCAACUAAAGUUCAGCUUAAAACUAUGAUGGAGAAAUACGAUAUGAACCUCGAUGGGGAACUCAACCACGAAGAGUUUACGAAGUUUGUUCAGAAAUUGACAACAGAUGCUCUGAAAGCGGUGACCCAGGGUUUGAUCAUCUGUUUGGUUGCAGCACCAACAAUAGCAUUGUUGACAAAGAGGGCAACGGAAGGCGUCCCAGGUGUUGGAAAGGUGGUGCAGAAGGUUCCCAGUUCAAUUUAUGCGUCGAUCGUUACUCUGGCAGUUGUUUUCUCAUCCAAAAAUCAGGCGAGCUUUCCGAAUAGACCUUUUAAAAUUUGCAGACUGCAGUCAGUUGUUCCUUAUUUCCACAGUUUGUAAAUAAAGAGUGUUUAAUAUUUUGGGUUAGGUUUUUAUACAACUAAUAGAAUAGGAUAUAAACAUUUCCUAAUGUCAUUUAUAUAUUUUAGAUGUUUCAGUUCA